UGUCCCACGAUUUUUUAUUUAUAUUUUUGCAGCUCGUUAGGGUUUUAGAGGCGACCGUUGGGGUUUAGGGACUCCGAGAAGGAACUCCGGACGGCUCUUCCUCCUCCCGUUCCCACGAUCGCAUGAAUUUUCCGAAUGAAAUUAGCUUCUAAUUUCGGAAAUCUAAUUCCAUUGUUUUUUUGGAAAUCUAAUUCGUUUUACGAAUCCAACACAGAGUCUCUCUUUCUAUAUUCUUUUCCGACGUUGAGAUUUUUUUUUUGGCCGCAAUUAGGGUAAGAGAAUCAUGGAGAUUUUAUUUUUGGCCUUCUUUUUUUUGGGGUUUCCAAUUAAACCGUCUAGAAUUUUGGCCCAUGGGAGCAGACGUUCUUCCUUCUUAUUUUAUGCUCAAAGUAUUUAAUGCUGAUUUUCUUUUGGAAAACCUAAUUGUGCCCAGCAUUUAUCGUCAGGGAUUAGGGUUUUAUGUUGAUAAACAACUUUUCUUUCUCGAGUGUAUCAAUCUAUUGGGGGAGGACUUGUUGUUGGUAUGGAGCACAAGGUUUCUCCCUUCAAAAAAUCGAUCUUGAUCUGAGAUUUCAUGCUGGGGUUAGUGUAAGAGAGCAUCGAUGCAUCAUUUCUUUUUGCUAUUUUUUAUUCGAAUAAGCAUUUGGAUUUUUCCGUGGUAGCAGAGGUUGUUUCCGUCGAUCUUGAUUCUUGGGUUUUCCCUGGAUUACAGAUUUGCAAUUCAUGGCAGUACCAAUGAUUUAGAUUUCUCAUAGGCAUUUUAGAAGUGAUCUUUUUCUCAAUUCUUUUAUUUCAGUUUUCUUUUUAAAUCUCCAUCUGGAUAUUUUGAUAGCAGCAGAAUUUGUUCUCCGCUAUUCUAUGCUCAAAGUUUCAAUCUUCAUUCUUUGCUUUUGCUUGGAUUACAGUUUCUCAAUCCAUAUCAGCGUCCAAAGGAACUUUCCUAGAAAUUUCGAAGCGAAUCAUUGAAAAUUGGUAUAUUUCAGCGUUAGUUUCAAUGGGCACUCCCCCGGAUCAAGCCUCAGCUAGCUUCAUCCCUCAUCCUCCUCCUCUUUUCGCUGCUGCUAUCAGCGACCAUGUGAUCACGCUGUGGCCGCAGAACCCUGCAGACCAGGCAGAAUUUGAGGCUCCCCCUUUCAAGAGACCAAGAAAUUCAGAUGGUAUCCCUCUGAAUCCACUGGCGGUGAUAUCCUCUCCCCCAAACGCUCAGACAAACCCUCCUCCAAACCCUCCAACCAGAGGAACAAACUGUGUCUUCUUCAAGACCAGGCUCUGCCAAAAAUUCAAAGCACGGUCUUGCCCGUGGGGUGGCAACUGCAACUUCGCGCAUGGGAUCGAAGAGCUCCGCCAGCCGCCACCCAAUUGGCAGGAACUUGUUGCUGUGGAACGGGUGAAUGGCAGCGACAGACAGAGAAUGCAUAGGAAUAAGAUCUGCAGGAAGUUCUACAAUGGAGAGGUCUGCCCUUAUGGCGAUCGCUGCACUUAUCUCCAUGUGGAACGAGAGAGCUCAGGGAUGGUCGUGGGGUCUGUGGCAGGGCUCGAACAAGGGGGUAAUGGAAGUGGAUUGCAUAAUUCUGAUAGUACUGGGGGAUUUAGCUCUGUAGGGGACUGCAAUGGAUCUAAUCAGAAGCCAAAGAUGAAGAUCUGUUACAAGUGGGAGACCACAGGCCAUUGCUCCUUUGGCGAGAGAUGCAUCUACACUCAUAGCCGUGCAGAGCUAAAGAAAUCUGGAGGCCAUGUGGAGUUGGAUGGUGGAAAAAUUGGAGCAGCUCCAUCAAAACCUGCCUCUAAUUCGACAAACGAUGCCCCGCUGAUUAAGACAGAGUCUACUUGUAUGCAUCAAGCUCAGCAGAAGAAGAGUGUUUUUCCAAAUUUGUCCAAGAAACUUAGCUGCAUCUAUGCAGAUUGGAUUGAUGAUAUUCCACUCUUUUCCCGCACCUCUUAAAGCAAAGCAGAAACUUGAUUAGGGCUUGGCCGUCAAAGUUUUUUUUUUCUUCAAUCAAAUAUUUUUUGCUGUGUUGGCAACCUAUUGAUACUUUGGCUCAGCAUGAAGUUUGGUGGCCAUCUGUAUGUUAGCACACAAGUGACACAACUCUCCAUGCAGACAUUAUAUCACACAGUUCUGAGUCAUGAGAAAGUAUAGAGGAUUUUUUUUUUUGCCAUAAGUUAUGGGUAAAUAUUGCUAUAUUCUGCA